UUUUUAUUUACCUACUUAAGUCUAAUUCAUUGAGGUUGUGUAAUUUCAGAAUUAAAAAUUGGAUCUAUUGUAUAUAAAUUUAUUGAAGUAUAAAUAGCGACGAAUGCUGAAAUCAGUCGCUUUGCUUAAAAUAGUUUAUCCAGUAGCAAGAAUUCGUUUUGUGCCUGAUAAAAAUUAUCCAAAAUUUUCCGAACACAUUAGAAAAAUGACUUCAAUAAGUAGUGUUCCACUAGUCGACAUAGACCCUAGUGGUGUGUUCAAAUACAUUUUAUUAAAAGUUUACGAAGAAGGAAAAGAUGGUCAAGAACCUGAAAUAACGAUAGUCAGAGGAUAUAAAAGAUGCGAAUAUCAUUCUGAUAUAUAUGAAGAGGUACAAGCAAAACUUAAUCCACUUGAUUGUGAGCCACUAGGAGGAGGAAGAAUUUCGCAUGAUCCAGAGAAUAAAAAAAUUCACAUUUAUGGCUACUCACAAGGUUAUGGAAAAGCUGACCAUGAAAUCACGGCCAAACUUGUAAAAGGGGCCUUCCCUGAAUAUGCAAUAUCUAUCAGUGAUGAAGGGUAUUAAAGUUUGAUAUGCUAGAUAUGCUACUUUAUUUGAUAAAUAUUUUGUGUCUGCCUACCUAUUACAUUAGAACUAAUCACCCAUAGUUUUGUAGUUCCUUCUAAAUGUAACUCUCUUAACUCUUUUACAGUCAAGUAAAUGAAACUAAACAGCCCUGUUGUAUUUGUG